AUGGAAGAUGCUCAUACACAUUUACUGUCAGUACCGGAUGACAACAAAGCUGCAUUCUUCGCUGUCUACGAUGGACACGGCGGUGCCAAGGUAUCGCAAUACGCUGGAACGAAUCUUCACAAAACGAUUGCAACGAAUUCAUCCUAUUGUGCGUUCUGUUCUUAUUCUCCCAUAUCAUUUCGUGUAAUCGUAUUCGUUUCGUAUCCAAUUAACGCUUUUUUUUGCUGUAUUCCAAUUUGA